UUACAUUUGUUAUGGUUCGGUUCUUGAAGCUGCGUUUACGGUUCGGUUUCGGUAAAAAUUGGAACUCAUCUCUCAAAUUGAAAAAUUGGGGAUCACAUCUCGAAGAGGGAAUUCUUUUGAAACCAUUGAAGAAGAAGAAGAGGGAUUUGUACCAGUCUGAGCACCCGAAGAUCCAAUACGAGAAGAAGCUCUGGAGGCUAAACCUGCCGAAAUCAGAUCCUGCUCUGCUUCCUCGCACUGCCACCGCCAUUGGAGGAGAACGACGAUGUCUUCUGAGCUUGGGUCAGAUCAAAAAGGCUUGCGCACCAGAGAAGGAGAGGAAAUUGCACAAGUCUGAGCACUUCGUGAGUUCGAGUGGAACCCAGAAAUGUUUGUGGUCAGUGGUCAUGAAUCAUGAUGGACUAGAACACACAAAGCAGUACUACAGAUCAUGUUUGCUUUUGACUCUUUAAGAAUCAUGCUUUCAAUUAUAUUAUUCUUGUCUCUGUCCUUCACUCAUUGGUAUGGCCGACAUGGAUUCAAGAAAGGCUGUUGAUAUUUCCCUGCAAGUGGAAGUGGAAGUGAAGUAUCAGGCGGGUCUCCAAAGAAUGCAAAGAAACCGAAAAAAGCAAGAACCGAACCGUUUAGAGUCGGUUCGGUUCCAAAACGGUUCCAAACUUUUUGACAUCAUAACCGAACCGUUUAUAGGAGUUAGUUUUCAAU